UUAAUGAGUUAAACUGAUGAGAGUGACAAUUACGUGUGCACCAAGCGAAAAGCCCAACGCAGUAACUCUCACUCUUCUUUCUGCUCCUUUAUUCUCUCUCUCUCCCCCUCUGUACCUGCCUCAAUCUCAUAAUUGUUCUUAUUUUUAUUGUCUUGGGUUUUCUUUUGGAGAUGAUUUAAAGGUUCUUAUGUGAAAGAAAGAAGGAAAAAUUUUUAAUGGAUGGUUUUUGAAGGAGUGGUGGAUUUUUGGAAGAGAAAUGAAAAGGGAAAUGAGGAAAUCGUUUAAGGAUUCUCUUAAAGCGCUUGAAGCUGAUAUUCAAUUUGCCAACACUCUCCACGUGAGACUUCACAUGAUGCGGGUGUAGAUGGACGAAUGAUACCGUGCUAGAUGAAUUGCUUUCUUGUUUGAAACUGGUUUCAGAUUUUUAUUAUGCUCUGCAUUUUAUAUCAUAUUUAGUAUGCAUAUCAGUUUCUGUUUUAAACAGGCUUCUCAAUGGCUCCCUGUUCUUUCCCUGGCCAAGAUAGAAGAGCUUCUGAUUAUCCCAGGGAAUAUGAUGGUGCCUGCCUUCAAAUGAGAUUAUCCUACAGCCCUGCCGCUCACCUUUUUCUUUUUCUUGUCCAAUGGACUGGCUUUCACCUAGCUGGUGCCUUGGGAUUGCUUAGAAUUCUUAUAUACAAGGCUUAUGAGGAUGGAAAAACAACCAUGUCUAUUCAUGAAAGAAAGGCUAGCAUAAGAGAGUUCUAUGGGGUGAUAUUUCCUUCUUUACUGCAACUUCAAAGAGGAAUCACUGAUGUAGAAGACAGAAAGCAAAAAGAAAUCUGUGCAAAGUACAAAAAGAAAGAUGAAAUGGACAAAGGAAAGGUCUCUGAAAUUGAUAUAGAGAGAGAAGAAGAAUGUGGCAUUUGCAUGGAGAUUAAUGGCAGGGUUGUAUUGCCCAAAUGCAAUCAUGCAAUGUGUUUGAAGUGCUAUCGGGAUUGGCGUGCUCGCUCUCAAUCAUGUCCUUUCUGCCGAGACAGUCUCAAGAGAGUCAACUCAGGUGAUCUCUGGAUCUACACCAGCAGAAAUGAGAUUAUCGACUUGUCUUCAAUCACCAGACAGAAUUUGAAGAGACUGUUCAUGUACAUUGACAGGUUGCCUCUCAUUGUUCCUGAUCCAGUGCUUGUUCCUUACGAGCCCUGUUACCGGUUUUAGGGUCUGGAGUUUGUAUAAAAUUCUGGUUGGUUGUAUAUGAUUCUUGCUUCUCUACUUACAGGAGCACAUUUUAACGCUGUAAAUACCUUCUCAUUUUUAGCACGCUAUGAUUUACAAAUUUAUUCAUUUAAAUGUGUAGAAAAUUCGUGCUGACGACAGGUACGUGGGGCUGUCUUUGCCCAUUGAUCAUUGCACGAUCAUCCUUGGAAGUUGAAGGGUGAUGCGGAGUUUUGAUCAUCCGGGCUUAUGCAAAGAUUAGUCUUUUCAAAAUUACCUUGAAAAUGUGUCACUGUUCGUUGAA